GCUGAAUCGCGCUUUGCCGGCAAUAUGGCGUCAGUAAACUAGAAUAUCGAUGAUAUUUAGCGAAAUUUAAUUAAAAAAUAUUACAAUGGAAGCGUGUAGUGACAAUAAUAACGAUAAUUUAGUUGUGAAUGAUAGAGGUUACACCAUUUUUCAAGAGAAUUUUAAUCGGAAACUGCUCGAAUACGACGGACAACAUCAAGGAUCUCUUAAAAAGGCUUGGACAUCGGAAAGAAUAGCUGAAGUUAUAAACGGAAUAAAAAAAGCUAGAAUGAGCAAAACUUGUGGGCAACGUAUGACCCCUAUGGAUUAUUAUUGGACGAAAAAAUACGAUAUUGUGACUAUAGACAAUCAGGAACAUUUAGUUUUUAAAAGACGCACCGACACAGUCCCCGUAGUCAGAAUUUUACCGAGAGAAGACUAUUUCGUUACAUUGCUAGAGUUGCAUAAAACUUGUGGCCACGGGGGACGCGAUAAAAUGCUGUCCAACAUUAAACAUCUUAAAUACUAUGUCCCUAAGAAAGCUGUUGAAAUACUUUUGUCUUUAUGCCCCGUCUGCGAGAGUAAAAGGAAUCUGUCAAGUGGAGGAGUCGCUCAAAACAUUCGCUCGAGUGAUUCAGAGUCGAGUGGACAAGUUGACGUUAAAAAGCCGGUCGUGCAGACCCAUCAUAGUGCAAUCGAUGGACAAGCCAAAUUGAAAAUAUCACGAGACAUAAUAACGAAAACCGUUAUAAAUCAGAACAAGAAAAACUCAACAGUCAUUACGACCAAACCGCAGACGAACCCAGUCCAAUUUCUACUUUUGAAAGAUGUCACAACAGAACGAUGGAAACGCGAUUCAAGUUCGGGAGGAUCCCAAGCAACUCCAAACGAGAUUCCGUUGAAAAAACAAAAAUUGACAACGUGUGCGUGCAGCGAAAUAUUGACUGAAAGCGUUACCAAAAACGUCCUUGAGAAACUUUCCAAAGAGGAUAAUGAUCCUGAUAAGCAGUUCUUUUUAGGUCUUCUAAAUGAUUUCAAAGCUAUACACGACGAAAAUAAAUUGGAUGCUAAAAGUGAUAUCAUAAAUGUUAUUAGAUAUUAUAAGAACAAAAGUUUAAAUAGAGCUAUAAAUGAAGAAGCACAGACAGGUGAUACUAAAGCUAAUAAUGACAAGAAUAUUUCGCAUUAUGCUGACUGUUUUAAUAAAAUGAAUGAACGAUAUUCAGUUACUUGUAAUGAUAGUUUAGUUGUACCAAAAUGUAUUCGUCAUGUAUGCAAGCCAGCGUCGCCAAGUCGAAAAGUUGAAAUUGAGAUAAAUCCGCUAGCCCUUAAAGAUGAACAAUCAACGCUUGUUAUUAAGGAAUCCGGAAAGGCAUGUCUUGGAACAUGCUGUAUACAACAACAGAGUCAGCAAGAGACGAGAGCCAAAGAAAUAGUAUUUGUGAAGACGGAACCACAGGAUGAUGUGAACAGCGAGCUUUUGAUCGAGGAUCUUCGGCAUCCUGUUCACUCCAGCGGCUCUGAGGAUUCAUCAGAUGCGCCAUCAGACCAAGAUCCGUCACCGGAAAACGACAAGCGAUGUUCACAGCCAGAGAAACCCAUGCCAGGCAUAACCCCAAAAUCGAGUCAUUUACUAAAGAGCGAUGAGAUUAAAAUUGAAGAUAGAGACCAGACGAACACAGAAUCUGAAGAAGGAUAUAGAUAA